CUAUAAUAGGCCAACCCAAUUUAUGGAGAUGCAGUUUCAGUUUGUCCCAAUUGGAAGAACUCUCCGGGAAGAAGAAAAACCCACUAACGGCACCGCUCGCGAAACCCUUCGAUCAAAGGUUGGAAUCGAAAUGCAGAAGAAGUUGCCAUUGCUACUGAACGACGCCAAUGCGGACAAAACGAAGAAAAAGGUAUUGAGUAGCAAGGAAGCGUUGGUGAAGCUUCUAAGGUGGCAUUUUGGUUACCCUGAUUUUAGGGGCAUGCAAUUGGACGCUAUUCAGGCCGUGCUCUCAGGGAAAGAUUGUUUUUGCCUUAUGCCAACUGGAGGAGGCAAGUCGAUGUGUUAUCAGAUUCCUGCAUUGGCAAAAACAGGAAUUGUGCUUGUUGUUUGUCCUUUAAUAGCCUUAAUGGAAAAUCAAGUAAUGGCAUUAAAGGAGAGAGGAAUUGCUGCAGAAUUUCUCUCCUCAACAAAAACGACAGAUGCAAAAGUAAAGAUUCAUGAGGACCUUGAUUCUGGAAAACCAUCUACAAGGCUGCUAUAUGUGACUCCAGAGUUGAUAGCAACACCAGGUUUUAUGUCAAAGCUGAAAAAGAUUUAUACCAGGGGUUUGCUAAGUCUCAUUGCCAUAGAUGAGGCGCAUUGCAUCUCAAGUUGGGGUCAUGAUUUCAGACCUAGUUACCGUAAGCUUUCAUCUUUGAGGAGCCACCUACCAGAUGUACCAAUAUUAGCUCUGACUGCCACAGCUGUGCCUAAGGUCCAGAAGGAUGUAGUUGAAUCCUUGCAGAUGCAAAAUCCAUUAAUACUUAAGUCUUCUUUUAAUCGUCCUAAUAUAUAUUAUGAAGUUAGAUACAAAGAUCUAUUGGAUAAUGCUUAUGCUGAUUUAUCUAAUACACUCAAAUCUAUGGGAGAAAUCUGUGCAAUAGUUUACUGCCUUGAGCGAUCGAUGUGUGAUGACUUGUCAACUCAUCUAUCCCAGAGUGGCAUUUCAUGUGCUGCUUAUCAUGCAGGACUGAAUAAUAAAAUGCGAACUUCUGUGUUAGAUGAUUGGAUUUCUUCCAAGAUAAAAGUUGUUGUUGCCACUGUUGCUUUUGGAAUGGGCAUUGAUAGAAAGGAUGUCAGAAUUGUGUGCCACUUCAAUAUUCCCAAGUCAAUGGAAGCAUUCUAUCAGGAGUCAGGCAGAGCAGGACGUGAUCAAUUGCCAUCUACUAGUCUGUUGUACUAUGGGAUAGAUGAUCGCAAAAGAAUGGAAUUUAUAUUAAGCAACUCAGGGAGCAAGAAGUUACAACCAUCUAAUUCACAAGAGUCGUUCAGAAAGUCCCUGAUUGCUUUCAAUCAGAUGGUUGAAUAUUGUGAAGGAUCUGGAUGUCGUAGAAAAAGAAUUCUUGAGAGUUUUGGGGAGCAGGUAACGACAUCACUAUGUGGAAAAACAUGUGAUGCCUGCAGCCAUCCAAACUUAAUUGCCAGAUAUUUGGAGGAUCUCACAACUGCUUGUGCACUACACCAGAAAAAUGGUUCUUCUCGAGUUUUUAUCACCAGAUCCACUGAUGCAAUUGAUGGAGAACGGUUAUCUGAAUUCUGGAAUCGGGAUGAGGAAGCAAGUGGAUCAGAGGAAGAUAUAUCUGACUCAGAUGGUGAUGGUAAUGAGGUUGUCAACAACCUAGCCCAGUCAAAGCUUCAAUCCAGAUUGGGGGUAAAUGAAAAGCUUGCUUUGUUACAGCAGGCGGAAGAAAACUUCUAUCGAAAUAAGAACACAGAAAGACAGAGCAAUAAAGUUGACAGAAAUGCUAUUUCUGAUACAAUGAGAGGAUCAAGCAGACAAAGGUUACAAAAUGCUCUAAUAAAGGCUCAGCAACGGCUUGACAACUUCAAGGUUGAACCAGAAACAUCAGCAUCUUUUCUUGAAGAUGAAUGCUACAAGAAAUAUGGCAAGGUUGGUAAAUCAUUCUAUUACUCACAAGUGGCAAGUACUGUAAGGUGGGUGGCAACUGCAAGUUCUAUUGAUCUGAAGAACCGACUUUGUGCAAUUAAUGCCUCCACCUCAACGAAUGUCUUGUCUGAAGCUGAAGAGCCCCUCACACCGCCACCUGCUUUAGAUCCUUGCGCAAAAGAAGAUACUAGCAAUGAACUCUCACGCAAUGCUAGAUCAGAAACUUCCCCGUGUGUUGUGCCUAUGGAAAGUUCUUUUAAUACCAAGUUGCCACAAAUACCAUCCUUCUCUGAAUUUGUAAAUAGUAGGAAAACCGAAGGGGGCCAAUUAGAUGACACAAAAAAGCAUUCAUCAAGCGUCGAAAAGAGGAUGAGGAUACAGUAGAUUGACUCUUGUAGCUACUAUUAAAGAGUUUGGAUUUUUGUUGCGAUGUGUCAAAUGCCAACUUUUGUUUUUGUCAAACAAAUAGCACUGCAUCUGAAUCAUUUUCGUCCUUUUGUUAUAAUAAUAGUGUGCAAAAUGUCCAUUUGAGCUUUCAAAACCCGUUGAUGCAGUGUUUUUGCUGGAGCAAAGUCUUGAAUAGGUGAUAAGCCUUAAGGAUACAGUCCUGCAUCAGCAGUUAAAUGCUAAUUUGCUUCUCAAGAGCGAAAUCAUGUUCAAGUCUUGCGUUUUAGUUUUACAAAAGCUACUUUUUGAAGUUAAUGAGAUAAAUCACUCAAUGUAAAUAUGCUAAUGUCCGUUUGUUGUAAUUUUAUGACUAUGCUCUGCAUUUACUUAUUAUUAUUCAUACGCUGAUUAAG